AUUCCCCUUCUCUUCAGACAAACCUCUCCGAAGUCCGCGCUGGGUGCAUCCGAGGGAGACCCUCCUGCCUCUUAUGGACAGCCUCCCCCCGGGCUCAAGCCGCGCGUCUUCCGAGGGAAAGCGGGGCUGGCUUUUCACCUGGCCGUGCAUUUGCUGCCAAGCUUGGGCCGUCGCAGAUCUACCCGGGACUCGGAGCGGGGAAUGCUGGACUGUCCGGAGAGUGGGGCCAAAGGAGCCCCCAUCCACACGAAGAUCUCCUUCUCCAUCCUGGACAUCCUGGAUCCUCAGAAAUUUACCAGGAAGAGCAACCCAGCAGCAGGGAGAAGGGAGAGCAUCCCCCACGCGGGGCAGCGGGAGAAAAGUUUGGGAAGAGUUGGCGUGGAAAGGCACCCGAGCAGCAAGAGGAAUAAGCUAGAGGCAUAUCAUGAUGGCAGCAGCAGCGGAGAGAGCGAAGCGGCCGUCCUGGAGGCAACGGAGCACGAGGAGUCGGGCCGGGACGGCGGCCGCUUGGCGACGGGCCCCGCGCCGCUCCCCUCUCCCGACUUCCCUCCCUCCUCGUCAUCGGACCUGGACGAUCCCGGCUCGCCUCCGCCGCAGCCAUUGUCCAAGAGGCGCCGAGCGGAGCCCAGCUGCGCCAAGCCUCGCCGGGCCCGGACGGCCUUCACUUACGAGCAGCUGGUGGCUCUCGAGAACAAGUUCCGAGCCACGCGGUACCUGUCGGUGUGCGAACGCCUCAACCUGGCCCUGUCGCUCAGCCUGACCGAGACGCAGGUCAAAAUCUGGUUCCAGAACCGAAGGACCAAAUGGAAGAAACAAAACUCCGGAGGCGACGGCGCGGCGCAGCCUGGGAACAGCGCAUUGCCCGCGGGAGGAGAUGGCAGCCCCAGUCCUCCAGGCCCCAGCAGCCUGGCCUACCAGACUUUCCCCUCGUACGCCUCUGCCAACGUCCUCUUCCCCGGGGCAGCUCCCCUUCCUCUGGCUGCAGGAGGGGGACCCUUUCCCUCCUUUUUUAGCCCCACGUACCUGGCCCCCUUUUAUACCCCUCACCUAUAAGAGGAACCUGUUCCCUGCAGGUUUUGUAGGUGUCCCCUGUGCGGGAGUGAAGAGCAAAC